UCAGUCUUCUUUUGGCUCUCGCAGCGUGCAGUUCGUGAAGAAAAGCGAAAAACCCAGGGAAACUCAGAGCGUUGCAUGCCCCGCGUUUCGGGCUCGUGUCCGUGUACUUGUGUACCUGUGUACCUGUGUGACGCGUGUGUGUGUGUGUGCUAGCUAGCUUGUGGCCGAAAGAUGAGAUUGAAAUGAAAAUCCGGCAGCUCUAAUCACAACAAGCGAUCGUCAACGACAACAACAACAACAACAGCAACAGCGAAAAGAGACCGAAAAGAAAAACUAAAUGAAAAUGCGCAACCACAAGGAAAACGGAAACGGUGGCUCCGAAGUGAGCGAGCCAAAGGCGGCCGGGCAGAAAAGCCUGGCCAAAUUGGAGCCGGAGAACAACAAUAAGAUUUCGGUGGUGUCCAAGCUCCUGCUGAAGGACAGCAAUGGGGCCAACAGCCGGAGCAGCCACUCCAGCCACACCAAUAGCAAUGCCAGCUUCAGUUCCGCAUCGAUUGCCGGUUCUGUACAGGAUGACAUGCCGCUCCACCAAAACAGCGGACAGAUGGGCAGCCAGCACCACCAGUCGAUGGACCAGUGCGGCCUGACCCAGGCCGGACUGGAGGAGUACAACAACAGGUCCUCCUCGUACUACGACCAGACCGCCUUCCACCACCAGAAGCAGGCCUCCUAUGCCCAGUCCGAGGGCUAUCACAGCUAUGUGUCAAGUUCGGAUUCCACGUCGGCCACGCCAUUUCUGGAUAAAUUACGUCAGGAGAGUGAUCUUUUGUCGCGGCAAUCGCAUCACUGGUCGGAGAACGAUCUCUCCUCCGUUUGCAGCAACUCCGUGGCGCCGUCGCCCAUUCCGCUUUUGGCCAGUCGCCAGUCGCACUCCCAUUCCCAUUCCCACUCGCACUCGCAUUCGCACUCCCAUUCCCAUGGCCACGCCCACCCAUCCGCCCUCUCAUCCAACUCCAGCAACAACAAUACAAACGGCAAUAGUAACAGCAACAACAAUAACAACAACAGUUCGGAGAGCACUUCCUCCACGGAAACCCUCAAGUGGCUGGGCUCCAUGAGCGACAUUUCCGAGGCCAGUCAUGCCACCGGCUAUAGCGCCAUCGCCGAAUCGGUUUCCUCCUCGUCGCAGCUGAUUGUGCACAGCUCCCGGGUGCUGACCCCCAAGCGCCAUCAUAGCGAGAGCGUGCUGUACCUGCACGACAACGAGGCGGCGGUGAGCUCGGCCUCCAGUUCGCCCACCGAGAGCACCUCCUCCAAGAUGAUCUCCGAGGAGGAGGGAUCCCCACCCCCUUCGGCGGUGGUGCAGCCACUGCGCAUCCAGCACCGGCACAGUCCCAGCUACCCGCCGGUGCACACCUCGAUGGCCCUGCACCACUUCCAGCACCACCACCAGCAGCAGCAGGCGAACCACCCGCAGGAGCACCAGCACCCACCGCUGCACCACAGCAGCCACCAGUCGAAGCUGGGCACCCAAAGUUCCUUGCUGGAGUUGUCCUCGCCGGCGGAGAAACCUCGCUCCUCCGUCCUGGGGCAAUCGCACUCCAUGGGCGACCUCCAGCUGCAGCAGAGCCAGAACCUCGCCAGAUCCGCCGACCAGCAGCACAAGUCGAGCAUCUCGGUGACCAUCUCCAGCAGCGAGGCGGUGGUCACCAUUGCGCCCCAACCGCCGGCGGGAAAGCCGAGCAAACUGCAGUUGCAACUGCAGAGCAAGUCGGAGGCACUCAGCUCCAGCACACCCAACAUGGGGGAGCAGAGCCCCACGAACAGCAUCGACUCGUACCGCAGCAACCACCGCCUCUUCCCCGUGAGCACCUACACGGAGCCGGUGCACAGCAACACCUCGCAGUACGUGCAGCACCCCAAGCCGCAGUUCAGCUCCGGGCUGCACAAGUCCGCCAAACUUCCUGUGAUAACGCCAGCGGGGGCCACUGUGCAGCCCACCUGGCACUCGGUGGCCGAGAGGAUCAACGACUUCGAGCGCAGCCAGCUGGGGGAGCCGCCCAAGUUCGCCUACCUGGAGCCCAGCAAGACGCACCGCCUCUCGAAUCCCGCACUGAAGGCCCUGCAGAAGAACGCGGUGCAGUCGUACGUGGAGCGGCAGCAGCAGCAGCAGAAGGAGGAGCAGCAGCUGCUGCGUCCGCACUCCCAAUCCUAUCAAGCGCUGGAGCGCAAGUCGCUGCCGAACAACCUGAGUCCCAUAAUGGUGGGUCUGCCCACGGGAGGCAGCUCCUCCUCCUCGGCCUCCUCGCGGGACUGCAGCUCACCUACGCCACCACCACCACCGCCGAGAUCCCGCAGUCUGCUGCCCAAUCUGCUGCGGCGCUCCAGUUCCGCCUCGGAUUACGCCGAGUUCAGGGAGCUGCACCAGGCGCAGGGUCAGGUGAAGGCGCCCAGCAUAAGGAACAUCGGCAGUGCGGAGAAGAUGUCCUUCAACGACUGCGGCAUGCCACCGCCACCACCGCCGCCAAGGGGCAGAGUGGCGGUGCCCACCAGACGCACCUCCUCCGCCACGGAAUACGCUCCCAUGCGGGAGAAGCUGCUGCUCCAGCAGGCGGCUGCCUUGGCCCACCAGCAGCACCACCCGCAGCAGCACCGCCACGCCGCACCACCACCCACUCAUGCCCCGCCCCCCGAGCGACCGCCCAAGCAUCCCAAUCUGCGGGUUCCCUCGCCAGAGUUGCCACCGCCGCCGCAGAGCGAAGUGGACAUCAGCUACACCUUCGACGAGCCACUGCCACCGCCGCCGCCACCGGAGGUGCUCCAGCCACGCCCACCGCCGUCGCCCAACAGGCGGAACAGCUUCGCCGGGGCAUCAUCCACGCGCCGCACCGCCUACGCAGCACCACCGCCCACAGCGGUGGGUAACCCGGUUGCACCACCAACUGCAACCAAGGUGCCACCUCUGGUGCCCAAGAAGCCGACGAGCUUGCAGCAGAAGCAUUUGGCCAACGGAGGAGGAGGAGGAGGCGGCAGCCGCAAGCGACCGCACCACAUGACUCCGCCGCAGCAGCAGCAGCCCAUCCUCGAAAACGUCGCCAGCCAUGUGGCGCCACCGCCGCCUCUGCUGCCCCGCGCCAGGUCCGCCGCCCAUGACACAGUGAUCGCCAGCAAUCUGGAGAGCAACCAGCAGAAACGAUCAAACUCCAAGGCUUCGUAUUUGCCGCGCCAGAGUCUGGAGAAGCUGAAUAACACAGACCCGGACCAUGGCAUCUACAAGCUCACCCUGACCUCCAACGAGGACCUGGUGGCCCACACAAAGCCCAGCUACGGGGUGUCCGGCAAGCUGCCCAACAACCUGCCGGAUGUCCUGCCCCUGGGCGUCCACAAGCUGCAGCAUCAGCCGAAGUUGCAGCCAGGAUCGCCGAACGGCGAUGCCAAUGUGACCCUGCGCUACGGCUCCAACAACAAUCUGUCCGGGAACUCGCCCACGGGUGCCACGCCCCCCUACUACGCCUCCGGGCAGCGGUACUCCACACCGGCUCUGGUGCAGGGAUACGGAAAGAGUCCGAAGGCCACAACCCCACAACAGCAAUACACGAGAUCUCAGUCGUACGAUGUGAAGCACACGAGUGCGGUGGCCAUGCCGCCGAUGUCCCAGUCCCACGUGGAUCUCAAGCAGGCUGUGCACGAUCUGGAGACCACGCUGGAGGAGGUACUGCCCACCGUCACGCCCACGCCGACGCCCACACCGCCACGCCUCUCGCCGGCCUCCUCGCACUCGGACUGCAGCCUGAGCACCAGUUCGCUGGAGUGCACCAUCAUCAAUCCUAUCGCGGCACCGAUUCCUAAGCCCGAGGCGCACAUCUUCCGCGCCGAGGUGAUCAGCACCACCCUGAAUGCGAACCCCAAACCGAAUCCGAAUCCGAACCAGAAUCAAAUCCCGAUGACACCGCCGAGUGCUCCGCCGCCACCAGUUAAGCCAGCGAUGAACCGCCAGGAGUCGCUGAGGGAGAACAUCGAGAAGAUCACCCAACUGCAGUCGCAGCUGAUGUCGGCGCAUCUGUGCGACACGGGCCUGCUGGGUGGCUACUCCUCCCCGCUGAUCACCAGUCCCACUGCCAGUUUUGCGAACGAACCACUGAUGACGCCGCCACCACCACCGCUGCCCAGUACACCGCCGCCGGAGGAGAUUCCUCCCGUGGAGGAGAUUGUGCCCGAGACGGAGUGCGAGAUCAAGGAGCUGCAGCUGAUGCAGCGCAGCGAACUCAUCCUGAUGGUGAAUCCCAAGCCGAGCACCACGGACAUGGCCUGCCAAACGGACGAGCUGGAGGACAGGGACACGGAUCUCGAGGCGGCACGCGAGGAGCACCCCACGCGGACCACUCUGCAGCCCCGCCAGCGACAGCCCAUCGAACUGGACUACGAGCAGAUGAGCAGGGAGCUGGUGAAGCUGCUCCCAGCGGGCGAUAAGAUCGCCGACAUCCUCACACCAAAGAGCUGCAAGCCCACCUCGCAGUACGUGAGCAAUCUGUACAAUCCGGAUGUUCCGCUGCGCCUGGCCAAACGGGAUGUGGGCACCUCCACCCUCAUGAGGAUGAAGUCGAACAGCUCGUCCGCCGAAAUCCGAGUGGUCAGUGUGGAGCUGCAACUGGGAGAGCCGAGUGGCGAGCCAACGAAUUUAAUCAAGCAAAAGAUGGAUGAGCUCAUCAAGCAUUUGAACCAAAAAAUUGGCUCCCUGAAGCGCGAGCAGCAGACGAUUGCCGAGGAGUGCUCGGCCAAUGACAAACUGGGCCAGGACCUCUUCGCCAAGCUGGCCGAGAAGGUGCGACCCAGCGAGGCCUCCAAGUUCCGCACCUACGUCGACGACGUGGGUCACAUCACCAGUUUGCUCCUCUCACUUUCCGAGCGCUUGGCCCAAACGGAAUGCAGCCUGGAAACGCGCCAGCAGGAAAAGGGUGCGCUGGAAUCGAAGCGGGAUCUGUUGUACAAGCAGCUGGAGGAGGCGCAGGGCCUCAAGGCGGACAUCGAUCGACGUGGAACCAGUAUCGCCGGACUACUGGGCAAAAACCUCAGCGCCGACAUGUGCGCCGACUACGAUUACUUCAUAAACAUGAAGGCCAAGCUGAUCGCCGAUGCACGCGACCUGGCCGAAAGGAUCAAGGGCAGCGAGGAGCAGCUAAGCUCACUCAGCGAUGCGCUAGUCCAAAGCGAUUGUUAACCUGGCCAAUGGAUAAUGGUCCGAUGAUUCGAUUCUCCCAGCUGUCAACUCAAAGUUGAGAGCCGAUCGAGAGAGUCCGCAGGAUCUGCCAGUCCACUCCGCAAAUGUGUAUUAGUUUAAAACGAUGUGCUUAAUUACCACGCCCCACACACUAUAAUGUAUAAAUAUUGUAUGUUCAUUUGUGAUUUUCAACUAGCUAGUAGGUUAAUUAUUCUAUAUAUCGGCCGCAUAGGUGUAAGCAUUUUCUACAUAAUUAUCAAAGCAAAGAUAAACUGUAUGCAUUAAUAAAACUAUGGAAAUUAUAAAA